AUGAAUAAAGUGAAGGGACGGAAUCCGAAGUGUGCGCGUUGUGGAGUCCACGUUCGCGACGUCGAGCCUCCUCCGCUGAAGGGACAUAAGAAGAUAUGCCCAUACCAAGAAUGCACAUGCCAUAAGGCAAUGUCCCGUGUCCCCUCCGCUACGUCGUCGGUCAUGGCAAGACAGAUCCAUCUUCGACGCAGUCAGAGGGCGAAGCAGUUUGGCCAUGCACCCCUGAAGGGUGACGGCGACUCGUCGUCCAGUACAUGGUCGCGUACAGCGUACUCGUCGCCGGUGCGGCUCACGGCGACAUCGGACCAGCUGAUUAAGCCAAUCACCCCUGCCAGACCUACGCCAACGUCCUCCGCACUGCAGGCGGACCCUGAAGAGCGACGAGACGAGUCGAUUCUCAACCUGGAGCCAAUAGUUUCUCUCGUUGAAAUGGUACCAUCUCCGGAAACUCAUGUCCAGCUCUUUUUGGCAAGGUUCGGAGUCGAGUCUGGCAUGGUCGGCAUGCUCGUGAUCGUGUUUGAAACCAAGAGCGUAGUACUUUCUUCUUUUCUCCUGUCGCAGUGCAUCAGAUCCUCCUACGCUUUCACUGUGUUCGCUAAACUUGCCGUCGACGAAAUCUGUUCUACCGACUUCGACAUCGUUUGGAGCCGACAGUCUGUGGACGAUAGACCCCAGCUCGAUUCCUCUAAGCAGAACAGCGAGUCUGCUGUCUUCAGCUAA